AUGGACUGGAGGGAGAUUGUAGCAACUUUGGGAGAUGGACCUCCUCAGCAGAAGGAGGUUGUUUGGGAGCCUGCUUUUGAAGGGUAUAUUUUGCCCCCAACUCCUUCCUUUUUCUGUUUCCCAGAAAAAGAGUUUCUCCCUCCCAGAAUCUUUGUGGGCUCCCCUUGCAGGCUGUACUGCUUCACUAGACUCAUCCUCACACUCAAGGAUGCUGAUGGCUCCUCUCUCUAUCACCAUCUCAUUCUCCCAACUCAUCUUUUCACUGCUCGCUCCAUGCAGACAGAGCAAAGUCCACAGAAAGUUCCCCUGACAUGCAAAGGCCAGAGCCCCAGAAGAAAACAGGUGCGGACUCUGAGCAGGGCUGGAGUCCCAGGUGUGAGUCCUACUGUGCCAGCAGAGUCUAUGCCUCCAGCAAUGAGUUCUGCGCUUUCAGAAUUUUUGAAGGAGCUUCCUGGUACAUUCCUGUUCUUGGGGAUCUUCCUGCCUGUGGCUUUGCUGCUGUUCCUUCUCAUUGCCUACUUUAGGAUCAAACUGAUUGAGGUUAAUGAAGAACUGUGGCAGAUUGCUGACUGCCAAUACAAACACAAGGAUGGCUCUUCCUGUACCAGAGAAAGGAACAAACACAAAUGCUGGGACCCAUCAAAGGCUAAAGCACAAUGAAUAUCUACUCAUCACUGAGCAAUGGUUAACCAUUUAGCUACAAAGUUGGUUGCUAAACUAGAACCACAGCAAAGAAAGAUUAAGAUGCCUCCUCAGAACCACACUGAAAAGUGAUGUCGAGGACCCAUGAGGACCUCUGGGAGACUCUGCUUCUACAGCUAUGCUUCUGCAAGUACAAAGAACAUAAAGGUUUACUUGGGUAUUCUCAAUGGACUGGACAUCUUAUAACUUUUUAACUUUCAC